CAACGUGCAUUUUCAGUUACUCAGCGACCUCUCAGCUUUUUCUAGAUUUAAUUUAACACCUUUACAACAUUUAUCAACCGCCACAGCUUUAAUAAUGUGUGUGUGAACGUCUUUUAUCCUCCAUUUCCACCCCGUUAGCCACUUUAACGUUUCCGGAAGAAGUUCAAACGCGGUGUUUCCGUGGAGCUCCAGUUCUUCACGAGCCGCAGCAGUGCCGUGUGGAAAUGAAGACUCUUGAGGAAAGAACAGCCAGCUUUCUGUUGAACGCGUCCGUGCUGUAUAAAGAAAAAUGCCCGGAGCUAUCACGGUUCUUACUGCAGCGGCUUGUGAAAGAAAGAGCACCAUCGAAGCACUCCAGUCUGCUGCAGCGCGCCUCGAUGUGUCAGUACUGUUAUCAGUGGCUGCAGCCUGGCAAUCAUCGGCUGCGGAUGCGGCCAAAGCAGCGUCCAUCAGCACGGGUGCAGAGUGUCCUGCGCAGGAAGGCCAGGGGCAAACGACUCAGCCUAGCGCAGAGAAAUCUGCUGCAACGCUUCCAAAAGUCCUCCUCCGUACUGAUGGCCACCUGCCACACUUGCAACAGGACAUCCAGACACAAAGGAAUGAACAGGGAGUUUAUAGCUACCCUCGCCAAGACCCACAGCACACCAGGGAGCGCCGGCAAACACAAGACCCCACAGUCAACCAACAGAGCCAACAUGUCAACUCCCAAGACUCCCAGCAAAGACAAGACACCUGCUCAUACACCUAGGUCCUCCACCUCUUCUAACACCCCAGGGUCAGGCUCAUCUUCCUCCAAGUCUUCCUCCAAGUCUUCCUCCAAGCCUAAAAAUUGGGUCGUGCAGCGCCUCAGCAAGAUACUCAUGCGAGAGGACAACCCGGGCAGCAAGAAGGGGGGCUUGAAAGAUUUUCUCUCCUCACUUUGAAUCUCUCUCUUGUCUUUAUAUAAAAAACAAGGUGUUAGAGCCAUGUUUGUAACCUGCUCACAACAAAGGCUGAGUGAUUGGUUUCCGAGCCGGUGUGGGAAAGGUUACAGUUUGCCCACCAACACAGCUAUUGCCGGGCUGUUUGGAAUGGCACUCCUGGUAUCCUGAAUGUAACAACUGGGAGUGCUGGGCUGGCUAUUUCAACUAUUAAUCAGGGUUACUGCAUCUUCCGCUGAGCCAGUUGGAGGAGAAUGCUUCUUUGUCUAAUUUAGCACAUGCAGUGUGUCGUCUCCUGAACUGAGCUGAUGGUGUUUUAAGUGGAGCGUUUGAGGGGUUAUUUAGUUUGAGUUAAAGGGCUGAAAAUAUCACAGGAACACCCACUGUGUUCCAAGGUGGCGCUUGUGGCAUGACGAGCUGGUUUACAUGCCAAUAUCCAUAUCCAUUUUUUUUUUCUAAAGUUACAAGUACACCUUUAUAUGAUACGUUUAUGUGAAACUAUUUCAUAUUAUUUGAUAUCAAAACUUUUGUAUUUUAAUUUAUUUAUUUCUUGGCCCUCUCCAGUGGAGAGAUGUGUUUUUGUAAAUUCAUUCAGUUUAGUUAAACAUCACCAGAUAGACAAACGUGCUUUAUGUAUGUUGUUGCAUUUUUGUAUGUGCAUGCUAAUGAUUUUGAAGCUGUGCAUUGUUAUCAGAUAUUUGUAAUUAUCAUCUAAAGUGGGACUCAUCAGUUGCUGUUUACAUUGAAUACCUGUACAGAAAGACUUAUUGAAAAUCAAUAUUGCCAAGACUUUACAUUCUCUUUUAAUAUGUUCUUUGGCUGUGUGCUUUUGAAAGGUUCCUCUUUUCAUCUUUUUGUUAAGAGCAGGAAUUUGAAUAUAUCUGCUGUGUUUUGUACUGCCUGAUUACCUACCUGUUUUCCCAUUAGCUGUUCCAUGUACAGUUUGUGCUUAGAUCCUAAAAUACCUCACAUUUGUAUUCCACCUACACCGUGUUUCUCAGAAAUAAAAAUCUUUCCAGUCUGAGAA